AUGGCAUCUUCCUCACUCCCCAAAUAUCACUCUCUCAUCAACAAUGAAUUCGUUUCACGUGAAUCCGAAGAAUCUACCACUCCUCACGACGACUUGUACAUUCCAGUGAUCAAUCCAUGUACGGAACAAGUCAUUGCUCUCGUUACUCAAGCCUCUCCCGAUCAAAUCUCCCAAGCCCUUGAUUCCACUGUACAGGCCUUCUCUGUAUGGUCCCAAACUCCCAUCGAGGAGCGGGCUGCCUGUAUGAACCGUUUGGCAGACAAGAUCCAAGAGAAUAUGAAUGAAUUGGCUGAACUUGAAUCCAAGAAUAACGGAAAGACUUUCUUUGAGAGUAUUGGUGAUGUCGAUGAAUGUUGUAAUACUUUGAGAUAUUAUGCUUCAUUGGCUGGAUAUGUUCAGGAAAAGUUGGAUGGACGAGUGAAUCCUCAUCAUGACUCGGAGAAGUGGGGUCUCUCGAAUCGGUUGUGUUAUGAACCCAUCGGACCAUGUGUGGGAAUUUUACCAUUCAAUUAUCCAUUGUUGUUGUUGAUGUGGAAGUUGGCUCCAGCCAUGAUUACAGGUAAUAGCAUUCUUCUCAAGCCAUCCGAAUACACUUCAAUGACUGCUCUCGUAUUGGCUGAUUACAUUAAAGAUAUUUUCCCAAAGGGUGUGGUCAAUAUUGUUGCUGGUUAUGGCUACAAGAUGGGACAUUUAUUGACCUCUGAUCCUCGUGUGAAGAAGAUUUCAUUUACUGGAUCUUUGGCUACUGGUUUGAAGGUUGGUGCUGCUUGUUUGCCAACAUUGACUCGUUGUUCUCUCGAGUUGGGUGGUAAAAGUCCUAUUAUUGUUUUCGAAGAUUGUGACAUGAGUGUUGCUAUUGAGUCCAUUGUUGGAGGUAUUUUCGCAAAUAAGGGUGAGAUUUGUUCUGCAACAUCAAGACUCUUGGUUCAAAAGAGUAUUUAUCAACCAUUGAUGGACAAGUUGGUUGAAAAGACCAAGACGAUUGUUACUGGAGAUUCAUUGUUUGACAAGACUGUAACUCAUGGUGCUCAAGUCUGCAAGAUUCAAUACGAUAAGGUUAUGAAUUAUAUUGAAAUUGGUAAGAAGGAAGGAGCUGUUGCACUUGUUGGUGGUGGCCGACCAGAAGUUAUUAAGGCUCAAGAUCCAACUAAGGGAUUCUUUGUGGCCCCAACUAUUUUCACCAAUGUCACCCCUGAUAUGACCAUUUGGAAGGAAGAGAUCUUUGGCCCUGUUUUGAGUGUCAUGACAUUUGAAACUGAAGAAGAGGCUAUCCGAUUGGCCAACGAUACUAAAUAUGGAUUGGCUGCAUCUGUCAUUUCUGGCAGUGACGAAAGAUUGGAACGUGUUGGAAGACAAUUGUGCGUUGGAUCAUUGUGGUUGAAUGCCAGUCAACCAUGUCUUUGCCAAGUUCCAUGGCCAACACGUAAGCAAUCUGGAGUUGGUGGAGCUGAACUUUCAACCUUUGGUGCUGAUCUUUUCAUGGAGUUGAAGACUGUCUGGAAGAAACUCUAA